UUUUGGAGCUCAACACGGCAACAAAUCGCACAACAAAAGGAAGUGAGGCUUGUACGCACUAAUCAUUUUUGUUUUUUAAAACGUGUAGAAUUAACAAAAAUACGAGCUUGUUGUGAUUUAUUUGGAUCAAAAUAAGAGUUGAAACCGUCUCGACCAACAUGGAGUUAUAAAGCGUAAAGAUUGGUCUGAAUCCCAAGUUGCCGAGCUCUUCCCGGGUCCCUUUGGGGCCCAGGAAGAGGAUGCAUCGAGGCGGGGAUAAAGACUUCCAGAUAUCAGCACGGAAGAUGGGAACAUCCCUGCUUUUCCAGCUGUCGGCACAUGAAAGAGAGCUGGAUUUGGUAUUUCUGGACCACAGCUACGCCAAGCCCUGGAAUGCCCAUCCAGACGCCAGCAGCGCCCGGCCCACACGGACGCUGUUUGUUACCCCUCGUCGCCAGCCUGAACCCGUGUCAGACCCUGAUUCUCUUCUGGACGUGGAGACGGUGACACCGAGACCUGUUCCUCUGUAUGAUAAUCAGAAAGCUCUCAGUGUGAUGAAGGAGUGUGAGCGACAUGUUCUGUUUGCUCGUACCGUCGCUGAGAGCCCCCCACCCCCCGAUGACUGGGAGGAACAUGUAAACAAGAUUGGAUGGUCAGUGGUCCAGAACAAGCUGUUCAACAAAGUCCUUAAAGCUUUACAAGCUGAAAGACUAGCGCGUCUUGCCAAUGAACAUGCUUCCAAUGAGCCAAUCUUGCGGAGGAUAGCCGUGGACAACUGUGCCAGGAAGGUGCGCCAUGCAUUAGCCAGUGUGAGCUGGGACACCAAACUGACGCAGUGGUUGCACACUACCAUGAUUGAGUCCUUGAGCCUGGCGAUGCUAGCUGCCUACCUGGAUGUUCUGCAGACUCUCAAAAGCAAGUUGCCGUUGCUGAUUGACAGAAUGUUGCUAACGACUACAAAGACCGGCGCUCCAAGUGCCGAGGCCCUGUCGCUGCUGCUGAAACGGCCCUGGGACCCAGCUGUUGGAGUCCUGUCGCAAAACAAACCGAGCAAGCUUCAUGGAUCCCCUCUCAUCCUAAUUGCACCAUCAAGCCCAACCAAUCCCGCGCUCUCUACCUCGCGGCGAAUGAGAUUCUGGCAGUCUCAGCUGUCGUGUUUGGGAAAGGUCAUUCCAGUGCACAGUCACGUCAGCAGCGGAGCCAAUAUUGGCAUCACACAGUGUCUGGAGCACAUGUUGGGCACUGUCAGGGCAAAGGUCAUGGAGGUUCACAGUCACUUCCCCCACAAACCCAUUAUCCUGGUUGGCUGGAAUACGGGUGCUCUCAUCGCCUGUCACGUUUCCCUAAUGGAGUAUCUGACCGGUGUGGUGUGUCUCGGCUUCCCCCUGCUGACAGUCAACGGGCCACGAGGGGAUGUGGACGACCCUCUGCUGGACAUGAAGACCCCCGUGCUGUUUGUGUUGGGCCAGAACGCCCUGCAGAGCAGCAUCGAAGGCAUGGAGGAGUUCAGAGAGAAGCUGAGGGCGGACAACAGCAUGGUGGUGGUGGGGGGAUCCGACGACAACCUCAGGAUUAAUUCAGCAAAGAUGAAAUCAGAAGGACUGACGCAGACAAUGGUUGACCGCUGCAUUCAGGAUGAGAUCUCUGACUUCCUGUCAGGCGUCCUCACUCGAGCGGAGGGUCACGGCCACGGCUCCGGGGAGAUGAGGGACCAGGACACCGAGAAGAAGAAAAGGCCUCGGCGGGAGCUUCCCUUCGACUUGGAGAGAGGGCGACCUUCCUCUCCUGCACUCAGACUUCCCAUCUCACCGUCAGGUUCAGAGGAUCUGUCUAGUGUCUGCAGCAGCCCCACGUCCAGUCCCAAACCCAAGACGUCGGGUCUGUCUCCAGCUCAGAAGUCCAGUCUGAUCACAGCCACGCAGCUCCUGAAGACACACAUGCAGCGCUCGGGCACAGUGCUCACUCACAAGCAGGCUCAAGUGCCAGUGAGCAGCGAUCAGAUGGAGGGCCUGGACAGAGAUGAACUGAGGCCCCAUGGCAAGAGGAGGCAGGCGCCGAGUCCCACACCAAGCAAAGCCUCCAAAAGAGCCAAGAUCAAGGUCACCAUCGUUUCCCAAAGCGAGUCAGCAGGGGGCAGCAUCAGCCCUGCUGCACAAGAAGUUUCCGGGAAGCCCUUAACGGUGAUGUUGGGACAGACUGUGGCAGGAGCCAAGGAGCUCUCUGGACUCCUCACAGGCCAUCGGUCUGGUAGUCUCUCAGAGGUUUCUGGUGCCCUGUCGUCAGGCUCCAUCUCUUUCAACAGCGUGCAGCCGUGCAUGGUAUCAGGCUCCUCCACACCAGUCCAGGUGCAAGCUCCGGCUACUGCCCAAGGGUCUUCCGCCAGCAGUCUGCUUCAAGGCCUAAGUUACAGUCUUCAGGAGAUCGUCACCAAAACGCCUAGCUUUCCCUCCACAGAUGCCAGUACAGGCAGCACACAGGCGGUCUGUGGUCGGCCCCAGGCUCAGGUCCUGAGCUCGGCCGGUCCCAGCAGCAGCGUUCUGCUCCGGGCGGUGCCUGUGGUCGCCUCAGGAGGAGCGGCUAAAACCACCGCCAUCCACCAGCUGCUCACUAACGGCGGGUUGGCCAAAAUAGCCAGCAGCUUGCCCGGCUUGGCGCACAUCACCAAUCAGACCGCUGGGCAGAAAGCCCCCACCUCGAUAACGGUGACCCUGAGAGGAGCCCAGUCGAGUAGAGUGGGAUCUCUCAGCCAAGACUACGAGGCUGUGACGCCGAUUCGCACCCUUGAGCCAAAGCAGUGAAGGGUUUCCAUGUGGCGUUACACCUGAGGUAAGCUGGGGCUCUUCCUGCUGAUGAGACUGUUCCCUCCCUGAGAUGAUGAACACGCCAACCUGCAACUCUCACAACACCUGGCCGUCCUCCAGAGACUCCCUGCGGAGAAGGAGAAGGCCAUGCAGUUGCUGUUGGCUGUGGCUGAAUGCUGCGUUGCUUAACCUCUAUGUACAGCAGAGGGGCGCUGACUCUGUGUCUCCAUGCUUCAGUCUGGGCUCUCUUCUUACACACCUCUGACAGCCAGGAGGAAAACCUGAUCUCAUGUCAUCCUCAAGGGAGGACACUUUAUCAUGUGAGGAUAAACGGCAAAGUACCUGGACUUGGACAGUCUUGCUGCUGACUUUACACCUACAUCUUGAUCAAAAAACCGUUAGCUUUGCUUUAUAAGUGUAUAUUAAUGGAACAAUUCACCCCCAAAAUGAUCUUUUGUAUAUACAUUACUCAGCCCCUUUUACAUUGAAUUCUUAAUGAGGAUCUAUUAUGCUUUUUUUUUUAAAUAUAUUUCCUGAACUGUGUUAUAUAGGUUUAAGAAAAGCAGAUAUGUGUCUUUGAAUUCAUAGUAACCUAUGGUGAGUAAUUGCUAAACAAUUAGUAAUUGUGUAGGUGGAGUAUCGCUUUUAGUAUAAAUCCUUUUGCCAUCAUCUCUUUUGCAUCUCAUUUAUCAUAGCCAAAGAGAAGUAUGGUUAAUAGGAAGGUCAGCUUGAACAUUUCUGAAUAUCUCAACAUUUGUGAAAUCACAAAAUGUAAAGUCGGAGGUUCCAUAUUGUUUAUCACAGUAAUUACAUCAUUACACGAUUACAGCGGUUCAUCAUAAUAAGAGCUUGUUUGCGCAGCGGUUUUCCUUCACCGUGACAAACAACUUCACCUUAUGAUGACCUAAAAUAUGUUAGAGGGAAACAUGUACUUUAACUCAAAUAAAUGUCAGUAUUUGUCACAAUCAUGUGAAUGCAGAGGGUACAAAACAUGCAUUGAGGCCUGGAAUUAAAGUUGUAGUAAAAAGCUGCAUUACAGGAAAGGUUGUGUAUGAUAAACACAACAUUUACCAUCUGCAAAGUAUCAUAGACAAUUUGUUUGAAACAGCAACAGUAAAAAAAAAAUG